GCUCAGUCGUUGUCAUCAGAGGUUGCUGUUGAAUGAUGGCAGCUACACGUGAGGAGAUAGCGCAGAGUUGAAUGCAGACUCUUACAGGUUGAGAUACCAUGACCCAGUUCUUCCGUCGUAAGUAGACAGUUACCAGUAGCUCAGCUAACGCUAACUCAGCUCUGUCUUUUGUUUACCCGCCUGCUUGAAAACACAAGUGCCACAAGACAUGCAGAGAAUACGGUCUCUGAGAACUGCUUGGCAGCUGCUGAAAUCAAGCUGUGAGGGAGCAGCUACACAAGUAAACACCUCGCCUUCGACCUCACGAUAUUAUAGCCAUCUCCCUCCUCAGGGCUCCGGCUCCUUCGGGCUCCUCUUUGACAUCGAUGGUGUGCUGGUGCGGGGCAGGACGCUGAUCCCUGCAGCCAAGCAGUGCUUUAGGAACCUGGUGGACAGCAAUGGGAAAUACAAGGUGCCUGUGGUGUUUGUCACCAAUGCUGGGAACUGCAUGAGGCAGACCAAAGCGGAGCAUCUGUCCCACUUGCUGGAGGUGGAGGUGUCUCCAGACCAGGUGGUGCUGUCCCACAGUCCUUUGCGAAUGUUCACCCAGUUCCACAAAAUGCGUGUGCUGGUGUCGGGACAGGGCCCCAUCGAGGAGGUCGCACACACCCUUGGCUUCCAGGAUGUUGUUACCAUAGAUAUGCUGAGAGAGGCAUAUUCUCUUCUAGAUGUCGUAGAUCACGACAGAAGGCCCAAAGACAGCAUUCCCUCCAGCAAAGGCUUACCACCAAUAGACGCUGUCAUCUUAUUUGGUGAGCCAAUCAGAUGGGAGACCAACCUCCAGCUUAUCGUUGACGUGCUCCACACCAAUGGGAACCCAGACGAUGCCUGGAGUUCGAUGCGGUACCCUCACAUCCCGGUCCUGGCCUGUAACAUGGACCUGCUGUGGAUGGCCGAGGCCAAGAAUCCCAGGUUUGGUCACGGCAUGUUCCUGGUGUGCUUAGAGAACCUGUACAAGAAGGUCACAGGCUACGACCUGAAGUACGAGGCUCUGAUCGGUAAACCCAGCGUGGUGACUUAUAACUACGCUGAGCUGCUGAUUAGUCAGCAGGCCGAGAGACUCGGCUGGACCACACCUGUGAAGAGGCUGUACGCAAUAGGUGAUAACACCAUGUCUGACAUAUACGGCGCCAACCUCUACAACCACUACCUUCAGGCUUCCCAGCGGUCCAAGGCCCAGAUGCAGGCUAAGAGUGGCGGAGGAGGUGUAGGUCCCUUGGCAGAAACAAAAAUGACAUCGGCAGAACUGGGCGGAGCGUCGGUCGUGUUCGGGGCAGAGGAGGACCUCCCAGAGGGGUGCAGCUCCAUCCUGGUGUGCACGGGAGUGUACAGCCGAGACCAGCAGGAGCUGCCCUCGGAGCAGCGCGUCUUUCACGGGCACAGGGACUUCCGCUUCGACCCCAGCCUCACGCAGCCGUCCUUCGUGGUGGAGGAUGUGAAGGACGCGGUGGAGCUGGUGUUUCAGCAGGAAGGCUGGCCUCUGGAGUAGGACUUUGUACUUGUCCAUGCCCCUGGUUAUCUCAGGGCAGAUGGAGCUGUUUCAGUGGCUUGUUCGAGAUUUUCACAAAGUGCCAUAGAAUCAGUGGCAAUAUGCAGUUUUAACACUAAAUAUAUUAAAGUUACACCCAUUUUAAGUCGGUCAGGCAUGGUAAUGUGUCAAACUGCUGCACUAUUUGUUAUUUUUUAUUAUUAUGAACAACACAUCACUGUUCCUAAUAGCCCUACUUAUAAACUGUAUGUUAAGGACUCAGUUUAUCAAGAGGGACAUGCAUUUUUACUGCAAUCAGACAUUUAUAUAGUAUGUCAGUUCAUGGAUGUGAGACAUAGGUCAAACUUAAACUGGAUGACAUUCAGAUUAAUCAGGAGGAGCUCUAUAAAGACACAUCUGAUGGUUUGUCUGUGACACAUGUUCUCUAGAGAGAAAGAUGGAUUUUAUUAUUUGCACAACCGUCUACCUAACUGGGUCAUCUUGCCUUUGGAAAAAUAUACAACCCCGCCAGCAGGUCUUCACCAGACCAGUCCUGCUGUUUGUUUUUACUGCUCUCAUAUUUCAGCUUGAUGUGUUUUUAAGACGGGGCGAGUGCGUAACCACUAAUGCUGAUCACGUUAAUUUGCCAAGUUUCAGUUCAGAUUCAAGCCUCAAUCAAGGGUACGGUCAUUUUAAUUUAAUUUUAAUUUGUGAAAUUGAAAAAGUACCACAGUUGCAACACAACUUGAGAAAGGUGCUAUUUUUCUGUCAAAUGUUUAAAGUAAUGAAAAUGUUAUGAAUAGUUCAUGUUUGUAAUUAAAGACUUACAGUUGUAGCACCAGUGAACAUGUCACACGGUGCAGGUUUGUUAUAUUUCUAACUGACGGGUAUAAUGUAGGAUUUGCAGGUGACUUAAAUUGUCAGAUAAAACUGUGGAACUCUGGUAAUGUACUGAAAAAAACCACACUGAGUGAAAGAACAAUUAAAAAGGAUGAAGGACACAAAACCUUGUCAUGUGAAAACAUUCUGUAUACUGUAAGUACAUCUUAGUGCAGAGUCGUCCAGCAGAGGUGCGGUUUGUAAUGCUGAGGUCGCUAUCGCAUUCAGCAGCUGUUAUCCUCGGGAGAAUAUCACAAAACUCAUUUGAGAAGCAACCGCCAUUUAAAAACUGUUACUAAUCCUACAAACUGUAUAAAUAUUAAAGGUCAAAAUAUGUACAAAACAUUCACACACACAAUGCGACAUGUAUAGUUUCUCAAACUGCAGGCACUAUUUUUCAAACAAGUCUUUAACAACGUGAUCCUACUUCAGUCUGCUCAGCAACCGCACUUCUUAUCCGA